AAUCACCUAGGGGGUAAAGAUAAUUACCCCCUAUUAGCUUUACUAGGUGUGAAAGACGAGUUGACAGUUAUUUAGUGAGACUCCCCAGGAAGAUAGAAUGAUCCAAAUAUCUUUGGGAAUGGUCUUCUUAAAUGCAUGAGUAACCUUCAUAUUGAGCAAUUUUUGUCCAAGAUGGCAGACAAAAAUGAUGUACCAGUAAUAGAUAACGUAUCCCAGCAUCCUUCAGUUAUACUCAACAAGCAAGCAGAAAAACUGGGAUGUGAUGUCACAGACAUUAAGUUUGCCCAGCACAUGGAUGCAAACGAUCCUCUCCGUUCUCUGAGGUUGGAUUUCAUCUAUCCUAAAAUGAAAGAUUUACCUGAUGUUGAUCUAAGCCUUGUGGAUCCAGAAGAAGAAUGUAUUUAUUUGUGUGGAAACUCUCUGGGCCUGCAACCUAAGAGUAUCAAAGAGAAGAUAGAGAGGGAAUUGGACAAGUGGGCAAAAAUGGGAGUGUAUGGACACUUGCAGGGAGACCUGCCCUGGGCAUUUUGUGAUGAAUGUAUUGAUGAGCAGUAUGCAAAACAUGUUGGUGCCAAAAAGGGGGAGAUAGCCUUAAUGAAUGGAUUGACUGUGAACAUGCACAUAAUGAUGAUAUCAUUUUACAGGCCCACCCCACAGAGGUAUAAGAUACUGUGUGAAAGUAAAGCAUUUCCUAGUGACCAUUACAUGUUUGAAUCUCAGAUACGACUGCGUGGAUAUGAUCCAGCAGCAGCCAUGAUUUGCAUGGAACCAAGAGAGGGUGAGGAAACAUUGCGCACAGAAGACAUUAUUGCCAAAAUAGAGCAGGAAGGAGACGGCAUUGCUCUGGUGUGUUUUCCUGGGGUGCAGUAUUACACGGGGCAGUUCUUCAAUGUGGCAGCUAUUACUAAGGCAGGGCAUGCUAAAGGGUGUGUGGUAGGCUUUGACAUGGCCCAUGCUGCGGGAAAUGUUCCUCUUUAUCUCCAUGACUGGGGUGUGGAUUUCGCCUGCUGGUGCUCUUAUAAGUACAUGAAUGGAGGUGCUGGAGCCAUAGCAGGUGCCUUCAUACACCAGAAACACAUGAACAAUGACUACCCCAAGCUCCUGGGAUGGUGGGGACACAAAAUAGCCACCAGAUUCACCAUGGACAACAGUAAGUAA